GAGCACUGGAGCAGGGCUGCAGCUGUGGGGUGGCUGCGUCCCCUCUCUGCCCCUGCUGUGUGCAGCCCCUCGCACCCCCCUGUCUCACCCCGUCCCCCCCCACCCCAAUUUGGGGACAGGGACGGAGCAGGGCGAGGACAAAGCAGGGGGCUCCGGCACCGCAAAUUCUCCCCAUGAUGCCACCCCACGGAGGGAUAUUUGUGGGUCUCUGGCUGCUGCUGGUCCCUGGUGUCACCGGGUCCCCCCCCGGUGCCGGGGGGGCCACGCUGGCCUUCGUUUUCGACACCACGGGCUCCAUGUACGAUGACCUGGUGCAGGUGACGGAGGGGGCGUCGCGCAUCCUGGAGCGCACGCUCAGCCGGGGCACCAAGCUCAUCAGGAAUUACGCCCUGGUGCCCUUCCACGACCCAGAGGUUGGCCCCGCGACCCUCACCACGGACCCCCGCCUCUUCCAGCAGCGCCUGCAGCAGCUCCAAGUCAAGGGCGGGGGGGACUGCCCGGAGAUGAGCGUGGCAGCCAUCAGGCUGGCCGCCGAGGUCUCGCACCCCAACUCCUUCAUCUACGUCUUCACGGACGCUCGGGCCAAGGACUACGAGCAGCAGGAGGAGCUGCUGCGGCUGCUGCAGCACAAGCAGUCCCAGGUGGUGUUUGUGCUGACGGGGGACUGCGGGGACAGGAGCCACCCCGGGUACCGCGUGUACGAGCGCAUCGCGGCCACCAGCUCCGGGCAGGUCUUCCACCUGGACAAGCAGCAGGUGAAGGAGGUGCUGAAGUGGGUGGAAGAGGCCAUCCAGGCCUCCAAAGUCCACCUGCUGUCUGCAGACCACGAGGACGGGGGGGAGCACACGUGGCCCGUCCCCUUCGACCCCAGCCUGAAGGAGGUCACCGUGUCCCUGAGCGGCCCGGCCCCGCAGAUUGAGGUCCGGGACCCGGCAGGGAAGGUGCUGGAGAAGGGCCGCGACCUGAAGGAGCUGCUCAGCAUCCCCGACUCGGCCGUGGUGGUGGCGGUGCAGCCCCACGAGCCAGGGAUGUGGCAGGUCAAGACCCAGAGCAGCGGCCGCCACUCGGUGAGGAUCACGGGCGUCAGCAGCAUCAAUUUCCAAGCCAGCUUCUCCACCCAGCCGGACCCCGACAGCAUCCAGCCCGGGGAGCGGCCGCUGCAAGGCCUGCCCGUCUCCGUGGUGGUGAACUGCAGCGGCCUGGAGCCCCCAGGACGUCUGCAGGAGAUCGAGCUCUUCAACAGCUCCGGCCGUGCCCUCCUCUCGCUGCCCCUGCGGCCCCUCUCCAACGCCUCCUCGGGGCAGCUCUGGGUGGGCUCGCCUCUCCGUGCCCCCCCUGGGGACUUUCUGCUGAAGGUGAAGGGCGAGGACGCCCAGGGCCACCCCCUGCACCGCCUCUCCAGCGUCACCUACACCAGCGUGGUCCCCGGCCUGCCCCAGGUGAACAUCUCCAGCAGGAUCCGGGCUUACCGCUGCGAGCCGCAGUGGGUCUCCUGCUGGGCGCACAGCGAGCUGCCCUUCCGCAUGCAGCUCAGCCGGGCUGGGGCCAAGCUUGGGGAGGAGAAAAAAUUCAGAGGUUCAGGGAACGUCAGCUGGCUGAUCCCCGCGGCAUCCAAGAGCGACGAAGGGUUCUAUGAGUGCACGGCCACGAACAAGGUUGGGGUGGCACGGGCUCCCCAGCACGCUGCCUUUGCAGAGCCACCGCCGCGUCUCCAGGCUCCGGGCAACAUCACGGCUUCGCCGGGCCACAACGUGGUGCUGUCCUGCCCCGUGCUGAGCGCCGUGCCCUACAACCUGACGUGGAGCUGGGACGGGAGGGUGGCCCUGCAGGAGGGCGGCAGGGCCAGGCUGCUGCAGAACCACUCGCUGGAGAUCAGCCGCGUGCAGCCGGGGGACGCGGGCCCCUACGAGUGCAUCGCCCGCAGUGCCCACGGCACCGCCACCGCCUCCGUCUGGCUCUUCAUCCAGGAGGCGCCGUGGGUGGAGGUCGAUGCAAGCCCCCAGCGUUUCGGCAGGGGCCAGGAGCUGCGGCUGAACUGCACGGCCGGGGGCUACCCCCAGCCACGCGUCACCUGGAAGCGCCGGGGCUGGGUGCUGGAGCAGGACCAGAGGGUUUUCAUGGACUCUCAGGGCACCCUGCACAUCAGGGCUGCGGUCCCGGAGGACGCGGGGAAUUACAGCUGCUCCGCCAACAGCCUGCUGGGGCAGGACGAGCAAGCCAUCAGCCUGGAGUACAUCGAGCCUCCUGCCAUCCUGGCCGUGACACCAGGCGUCAAGGCGCUGGUGGGAGAAGACGUAACCCUGGAGUGCUGGGUCUCGGGGGUGCCCCCUCCCCAAAUCGCGUGGCACAAAGGCGAGCAGGAGGUGGCGGCGUUCCCGGCGGGCAGCCAGCGCGGUGUGCUGCGGCUGCAGGCGGUGCAGGAGGAGGAUGCGGGGCCGUACACGUGCCAGGCUCACGGCGAGGCCGGUGAUGCUUCUGCCAGCACGGUGCUGGAUGUGGGCUCUGCCCCACACUUCCCCGAGCCCCUGGGGGACCUGGAGGUCGAGAUCGGGGACAGCGUGACCCUGCCGUGCCGUGCCGAGGGCUCGCUGCCACUGCAGGUGGCUUGGUCCCGGCAGGAUGGGAAGCCCGUGGUGCAGCAGCACGGGCUGCCUGGGGCUGAGCUCCUCAUCGAUGGAGCCUCGCUGGAUGACCAAGCUGUCUAUGUCUGUGAAGCCCAGAACGAUUUUGGGAAAAUCCGAGCAGAGGUGAAGCUGACGGUCACUGGACAAGCCCCAGCAAUAGCUCUGGCACCCGCCGUGGUCCGUGUGCUGGCAGGGCAACCCCUGUGGCUGCCGUGCGUCAUCCUGGCCGGGCGGCCGCUGCCUGCCCGCCUCUGGCUGAAGGACGGGCAGCCGGUAGCCCCGAGUGGCCGCUUCUCCACCCAGCCUGACGGCAGCCUGCACGUGGGCCAGGCAUCGCGGGGGGACACGGGGACCUACACCUGCGUGGCCACCAACGCCCUCGGCUCGCAGCGGCAGGAGGUGGCCCUGGUGGUCCACGUUCCUCCCAGCAUCGAGCCUGGUCCUGCCCUGGUCGCUGCCACCGAGGGAGCGGCCGUCACCCUGCGGUGCGAUGCCACCGGCGUGCCCACCCCCACAGUUACCUGGACCAAGGGCACGGAGCCCAUCUCACCGAGCCCACGCUACCACCUCAACCCCAACGGGACCCUCCUGAUCCCGUCACCCUCCCCGGGGGAUGCCGGCACCUAUUUCUGCACGGCCGCCAGCGUGGCAGGCUUCUCCAGCCGGCAGGUGCAGCUCUCCAUCAGCACCAAGCCCAGGAUCAGCGUGAACGGAUCACGGGGGAUAUCAGCCCCUGUGCCCAUCCUGGCGGUGCGUGGGCAGGAGGCCACGCUGCCCUGCGAGGCGCAGGGCUCUCCCCUUCCCCUGGUGGCGUGGAGCCGCGAGUCCCGGCCGCUGCCUCUCUCCUCCUCGAGGUACACCGUCCUCCCGUCAGGGUCGCUCCGGCUGGCCGAGCCCCAGGAGGCAGACAGCGGCCUCUACACCUGCACGGCCACCAACGCCGUGGGGAACGCCUCGGUGCGCUACAGCCUGCGAGUCCAAGUCCCGCCACGAAUCCAGCGUGGCCCCGAGGUGCUGCGGGCGCUGGUGGGAGAGCGGCUGGAGCUGCCGUGCGUGGCCCACGGGGACCCCGUCCCCAGCCUGAGCUGGUCCAAAGACGGCCGCCCGCUGCGGGAGGGCGAGCGGGGAGCCCUGGGGGGGCCCCACGGGGCUAUGACCAUCGGGGCCGUGCAGCUCUCCGAUGCGGGACGCUACCGCUGCAUCGCCAGCAGCAGCGUGGGGCAGGACGCCGUGGAGAUGGUUGUGCAAGUGCUGGAGCCUCCGUACCUGGGGGAUGGUGCAGAGGUCCUGCUGGAGAAGGUUCUUCACGAGAACGUCACCAUAACCUGUCCGGUCAAGGGGACCCCCACGCCAUCCAUCCUCUGGUGGAAGGACGCGGUGGAGGUGCAGGACGCUGUGCCAGGUGCUGAGCUGCUGGAUGGGGGCUCGCUUUUCAUCCACGCCCUGCAGCCCAGCCACAGCGGGGACUACACCUGCCUGGCAGCCAACGACGUGGGCUCCGUCAGCCUCACGACCAUGCUGGUGGUGCACGGCCCCCCGGAGAUGAUGGGCAGUGGCUGGGAGAACGUGUCGGUGGUGGCCGGCCAGCCCCUGGAGCUGCAUUGCAACGUCUCCGGCACCCCCGUCCCCUCCAUCACCUGGCACAAGGACGGGCACCCGGUGGAUGGAGCUGGGGGUCCCCUCCUGCUCCGCAGGGGACAGACGCUGCGCUUCGCCGCGGUCCGCAGCGAGGACACGGGCACCUACAGCUGCACAGCCCGCAGCAGGGCGGGAGAGGCGCGCAGACACUUCGCCCUGCUCGUGCUGGUGCCCCCGAGCAUGUCUGGGUCCCAGUGGCCUCACAACGUCUCCGUACCGGAGGGCUCCGAGGUGCUGCUGGAGUGUCGGAGCAGGGGGGUGCCCCCACCCCGGGUGCGUUGGAUGAAGGAUGGGCAGCCUCUCCCAGCUCUGGACCCUCACCUCGAGCUGCUGGAGGAGGAGCAGGUGCUGAGGAUCCCAAGCAGCCAGCCCCAGCACCAGGGCACCUACCAGUGCCUGGCCACCAACCCUGCCGGCCAGCACAGCAAAAUCUUCCAGCUCCACGUGCACACUCCCCCUUCCAUCCUGGGCGCCGAGGAGCUGGUGGAGGUGGUGGUGCUGCUGAAUGGCUCUGGCCAGCUGCCCUGCGAGGUGCAGGGCUCCCCGGCCCCCACCAUCUCCUGGUUCAGGGGCCGGCGCCCACUCCCCUCGGGGACCAGGACCACCUACGUGAGGGGGGGCCGGGCGCUGCGGGUGAGCGGGGCGCAGGAGGCGGACGCGGGGCUGUACGUCUGCCUGGCCACCAACCCCGCGGGCACGGCGCACAGGACCGUGAGGCUCGAGGUUUAUGGUAAGGCACCCGGUGCCAGGACUUGGAGGAGGCUGGGAAGCAUCCCUGGUUUGGGGGCUUUCCGAGGGGUCUCUCCCCUGUCCAUCUCCUCUCCAUCAGCUUGGGGUGGCUGCGCUCAGCUGUCAGUGCAUAAGGUUGUGAAUGUGCCACUCAGCUCGGGCUCUCUGCACUCGCUCUCCCCCCAUUUCUCUGUCCCUACAGUGCCACCGACGAUCUCCAGCGAGGGCCGCGUGGUGGAGGCAGCAGUGGGCCAGCCCGUGGAGCUGCCCUGCUUGGCCAGCGGCAACCCCCUGCCCACCCUGAGCUGGCAGAAGGACGGGCAGCCCCUUCCCCAGGGUGCCGGGGUGCUGCUCCUUGCGGGCGGCACGCUGCUCCGGGUCCAGAGGGUGUCGGAGAGCUCAGGGGGGUCCUACACCUGCCUGGCCAGCAGCCCCACGGGAGAGAGCGUGGUGCGGCACACGCUGCUCGUGCAGGCUCCCCCCAAAUUGCUGAUCGGCGAUGGGGAAAGCCACCUGACUGCCGUCGCCAACGACUCCCUGCGCAUUCGCUGCCGUGCCAGCGGUGUCCCCGUGCCCCGGAUCCGGUGGCUGAAGGAUGGACUCCCGCUAGGUGCAGCGGAUGGCGUGGUGGUGUCUGAGGACAGUGGGACCCUGCUGAUUGCCCGCGUGGGGCUCGCACACCAAGGGCUCUAUAUCUGCCAGGGCAGCAGCCGGGCUGGGGGGGCCCAGGUUCAGGUGUGGGUUUUGGUGCAAGCACACCCCUCAGUCAGCAUCGCAGAGGGGGAUGCCGUCACCGUGGCCCUUCGCCAGCCGGUGACGCUCCGGUGCCAGGCCACGGGCACGCCGCCCCCACGGCUCAGCUGGAGGAAGGACGGGGUCCCGCUGCCAGCCACGGGCAGCAUCUUCCAGAUCGAGAAGGCUGACCUGACCGAUGAAGGUGUCUACACCUGUGUCGCAGCCAACCCCGCAGGGGAGGACGAGCAGGACGUGAUGCUGAAGGUGCUGGUGCCUCCGAACAUCGAGCCCAGCGAGGUGGACCUGGCUGUCCUGGAGAACAGCACGGCGUCCCUGGAGUGCCUGGCCACAGGGGUGCCAGCUCCCGACAUCUCCUGGUACAAGGGGAACGAGCAGCUUGUGACCACCCCGGGCCGGAUCCUGUCCAGGGAUGGGAAGCGCCUGGAGAUCCCCCGUGCCCACCUUUCUGAUGCCGACAGCUACCGCUGCGUGGCCUCCAACGCCGCCGGGGACACCGAGCUUGGGUACAGCCUGCGGGUGACCGUGCCCCCACGGAUCACGGCCGGCCCCAGCCCCGUCGUGGCGGUGACGAGCGAGGCGGUGACGCUGCGGUGCGAUGCCACCGGGAGCCCUGCCCCGGUGCUGCUCUGGCUCAAGGACGGCAACCCCGUGCCCGAGGAGGUGGCGGGUGGCCCGCAGAUCCUGUCCGGUGGGCGCAUGCUGUCCCUGCCCACCCCUCGCCUCCUGGACUCGGGGACGUACACGUGCGUGGCCAGCAGCGCCGUGGGCGAGGACAGGCGCGAGGCCACCGUCGAGGUGCGCUUGCCACCCACUGCCCCGGGCGAGGAGGAGAACGUCUCUGCCAUCGUCAACCAGGAGGUGACACUGCGCUGCCCGGCCCCAGGGGUCGACCCCCGGGGGUCCCGCUGGCUGAAGGAUGGGACCUUGCUCACACCGAGCCCAGGGAUGUCACUGUCAGAGGAUGGGACUGUGCUCCAGGUGGGGCGAGCCGCCGUGCAGGAUGCGGGCAGGUACACGUGCCAGGUGCCCGGCCACCCGGAGAGACACUACAACCUGAACGUGUUGGUGCCACCGUCGUUCCCCUCGGCAGAGCCCACCACCACGUCCGUGCUGGAGGGGCAGUCUGUCCGGCUGGCCUGCGAGUGCCACGGGAUCCCCUUCCCUGCCCUGAGCUGGCAGAAGGACGGUGAACCUCUUUCUGCCCACCCCGGGAGCCCGAAGCUGGUGUCUGCAGGAGGGAGGAUGCUCUACAUCGAGAAGGUGCGGCUGGUGGACGAGGGGACCUACACCUGUGAGUGCAGCAACGCCGCCGGCAGCAGCAGCAAGGAGCAUCGCCUGGGGGUGCACGUGCCACCGAGGAUCCGGGGCAGCAGCAAAGCCCCCAGGAAGGUUUCCGUCAUCGAGGCCGGCGAGACGGUUUUGGAGUGCGAGGCCACGGGAAGGCCAGCACCCACGGUGACGUGGCUGAAGGACGGGCAGCCCGUGGUCCUUGGGGACGGGCUCUCGCUGUCGGAGCAGGGCUGGAGGCUGCGCAUCGCCCAGGCAGCGCUGGUCCACGCAGGGCGAUACGUCUGCCUGGUGGCCAACACGGCGGGGCAGGAGCGCAGGGAGUUCGAUGUGGUGGUGCACGUUCCUCCGAAGUUCCUCCAAGGUUCGGGAUCCACCAGCAACAUCCGUGUGCCUCUGCACAGAGCCCUGACGCUGACCUGCGAGGCCACCGGCGUCCCCCUGCCCACGGUCUCCUGGUCCUGGAACGGCUCUCCUGUCACCCCCGGCGCGCACACGCAAGUGCUCUCAGGGGGCUGGAUGCUGAGGCUGCCCCGCGUGCGAGCCCAGGAUGGUGGCCACUAUUCCUGCCUGGCCAGCAACGCCGCUGGGGAGGCCAGGAGGGAGUUCCAGGUGGAGAUCCUGGUUCCUCCCCACAUUGAGGACGUGGAUGAGGAAGAGGCCGUCACGGUGCCCGAGGGCCACCCUGUCACCUGGUCCUGCCUGGCCGCGGGCAACCCCCAGCCUGAGGUCACCUGGCUGAAGGAUGGUGACCCUCUGCCUGCUGGAGCCACCUCCAUCUCUCCCGACGGCUCCGUGCUGCGCAUCCCCCAGGCUGCCCCGUCUGACGCCGGCCGCUACUCCUGCGUGGCCUCCAGCCCCGUGGGGGAGCAAACCAAGCACUACCUGCUGAAUGUUUCGGCCAGCCCCGCGUCUGCUGGAGAUGCCCACGAUGCUGCCACAGAAGAUGUUGUUGUGAUCAUCAACAACCCCAUCUCCCUGCUCUGUGAGGCUCCAGCCUACCCCCCUCCCAGCAUCACCUGGCUGAAGGACGAGGUCCCCAUCGAAGCCUCGCGGGACGUGCGCCUGCUCCCCGGUGGCCACGGGCUGCAGAUCCUGAACGCCCAGGAAGAGGACGCGGGCACCUACUGCUGCGUUGUGGCCAGCGAGGCUGGGGAGGCCGUGAGGAACUACACCGUGAAGGUCCUGGUUCCCCCUUUGAUCACCCGAGAUGUCCCUUCGGGGGAAUUUGCCACGACAGAGGUGAGAACCAGUGUCAAUAGCACGGUGACGCUGGAGUGCGAGACGUGGGCUGUGCCCGAGCCGACCAUCCAGUGGUACAAGGACGGGCAGCUCCUGGAAAGCGCCGGCCACCUCCAGAUCCUCCAAGAGGGGCAGGUCCUUCAGAUCAAACCUGCUGGUGUCCCGGACUCGGGGCACUACACCUGCGUGGCCACCAACCCCCUGGGUGCAGACGACAAGGAUUUCAGCGUGCACGUGCAGGUGCCACCCCUGUUCCAGCACCAGCUGAGCCCCAGCGAAGCCUUCGAGAUCCUGUACCAGGAGGAGGAUGGGGACAGGGAGGUGACGGAGCACCGCCAGGCUGUCCUCCACCAGCCCGCCGCGCUCUCCUGCGACACCAACGCCAUCCCGCCCCCCCGGCUCACCUGGUACAAGGACGGGGAGCCCCUCGCCCCCGGCCCCGGGGUGCUCAUCCUGCUAGGGGGCCGGGUGCUGCAGCUGCCCGUGGUGCAGGAGGAGGACGCGGGCAGGUACACGUGCGAGGCAUCCAACGAGGCGGGCAGGGACCGCGUGCACUACGAGCUGGAGGUGCUGGCUGCCCCAGCCAUCCGUGGUGCUGAGGAGGAGCAGGUCGAGGAGGUGACAGCCACCACCAACAGCACCGUCCGAUUCGAGUGCCCAACCAGCGGGCGCCCGGUGCCUGCGGUGUCCUGGCUCCGGGACCACGUCCCCAUCGUGGCCAGCCCGCGGCACCAGCUCCUGGAGGGGGGCACGGUCCUGCAGGUGGCCGUGGCAGAGGUGGGUGAUGCUGGCAGCUACGUGUGUGUGGCCGAGAACCCGGCUGGUUCAGCUGAGAAGCAUUUUGCUCUCACUGUGCAGGAGCCCCCAGGUGCUGAGGACCCCCAGGAGGAGACGCUCAGUGCUGACAUGGGCAGCCCCCUCGUCCUGAGCUGUGCAGCCACCGCCGUGCCCGCUGUCACCUGGCUGAAGGACGGGAGGACACUGGCAAGCAGCCCCGAGCAGGGCCUGGUGCCUGGGGGGGGGCAGCUGCAGAUCAGCGCCCUGCAGCCCUCCCACCAGGGCCGCUACACCUGCCUGGCACAGGGUGAGGGCACCGAGACGCGCAAGGACUUCUUGGUGCUGGUGCGAGUGGCACCCCGCAUCCUUGGCGCAGGGGUCCCCAGCGAGCACAGCGUGCUGGAGGGCGGCGAGGUGAGGUUGGAGUGCCAGGCAGAGGGGCAGCCACCCCCCCAAAUCUCCUGGCUGAAGGACGGGCAGCCCCUGCAGCUGCAGCCCCCAUCACGUGCCCAGGUGUCACCGGAUGGCAGUGCUCUGCUCCUCGAGGCGCUGCGUGCUGCUGAUUCGGGUGCCUACACCUGCCUGGCACGCAACGGCGCGGGCGAGGAUGCGCGGCUGCACGUGCUGAGCGUGCUGGUGCCCCCAGUCAUCGAGGGAGGUGCCGGUGGCUCUGAUGUGGUCCGUGGCGUCCUGGCCGCGGCGGUCACCCUGCGGUGCCGGGCACGGGGGUCCCCUCCGCUGCGUGUGAGCUGGCUGAAGGACGGGCUGCCCCUGCGGCUGUCCCCACGUGUCACGCUGCUCUCGGCCGGGCACGUCCUCAGGAUCUCCCGCACACAGGUCUCUGAUGCCGGGCUCUACACCUGCAUUGUCUCCAGCCAGGCAGGGGUGGCCGAUCGCAGCUUCGUCCUGCAGAUACUGGCACCCCCUGUCCUGGAGAGCCCGGAGAGCAGCGAGGAGCAGGUGGUGGCCAAGGGCUCCGAUGUCACCUUCGCCUGUGAAGCCAGCGGGUCCCCGGCACCAGCAGUGACCUGGCUGAAGCUCGGCGAGACCCCAGCACUGCCAAACAAGAGGGUGGCCGACGGCCCACGGCUGAGCCUGGGGGCUGUGGGGCCGGCCGACACUGGGAUCUACGCCUGCGUGGCCUCCAACGAGGCCGGGGAAGCCAGCAGAGCCUUCAGCCUCCUGGUGAUGGAGCCCCCCAAAAUUGAGGAUGCGUCCCACCCCACCGAGAUGGCCGUGGCCGUGGGCGCCCCGCUGGAGCUGACCUGCGUGGUGGCGGGGGUCCCUGCGCCUGCUGUCACCUGGGAGAAGGACGGGCAGCUGCUGGCAGGGCCCUGGCUCUCGGCGGGGAACGAGAGCACGCUCCGCAUCGACAGCAUGGAGGUGGCUGACUCCGGUUUAUACACCUGCCUGGCCACCAGCCCUGCUGGGGAGGACAGCAGGAGCUUCCACGUCAGCGCCCGAGCCCCUCUCGGCACCACGGACACCAGUGAGACCCUCAGCAUCACCGCCGUGCCGGGGGGGCAGCUCACCCUGGAGUGCCCCAUGGAUGCUGUGCCGCCCCCCUACAUCGAGUGGCACCGGGAGGGCUCCCCGCUGCGGGAGGAUGCCCGCAGGCAGAUCCUGGCCGAGGGCCGGUUCCUGAGGAUCUGGGACUGUGGGGGCAGCAGACGGGGGGGAGUACGUCUGCAGGGCUGGCACCGCAACGGGGGACAGCAGGCAGAGCUUCCAGGUGGAAAUUCACGGAAAAAAGGCGCGGUGGCCCCACACAUCCAGCCAGGCCCCGAGGAGGUGAACGUGCCCACGAACGGGUCGGCCACGCUGCUGUGCCAGGCAGAGGGGUGGCCCACGCCCCGGGUGACGUGGAGGAAGGACGGGCAGCUCCUGUCCCUUCGUGGCACCAGCAGGCUGCAGCUGCUGCCCGAUGGCUCCCUGCACAUCGACCCCGUUCAGGUGCAGGAUUCUGGCUACUACCUCUGCGUGGCCUCCAGCCCUGCUGGCUCUGACCGGCGGGGCCUGGAUCUCCGUGUCCUGGUUCCUCCUGCCAUCACCCCCGGCCCCCCCAGCCUCACCCUGCUGGCCCAGCAGCCAGCCUGGCUGUCCUGCGAUGCAUCAGGCUCCCCUGCACCCCAGGUCCGCUGGGAGAAGGACGGCCGCCCCCUGAACCCACACCUCCUGCCCAGUGCUUACAGGGUGCAGACCUCGGGCUCGCUGCUCAUCACCAGCCCCAGCCCCCGGGACGAGGGGUGGUUCGAGUGCAUCGCCACCAACGCCGCCGGAGAGGCGCGCAAGGUGUUCCUCGUGUCUGUCCACGUGCCCCCCACCAUUGCCGAUGACCUCACGGAUGUGGCCGUCACCCGGCUGUCCCCUGCUGUCCUCACCUGCUACGCCUCCGGCGUGCCCAAACCAGCGGUGUCGUGGAGCAAGGAUGGGGCUCAGCUGGGCAGCCGAGGGGGCGGCUACCGCGUCCUGCCCACAGGAGCCCUGGAGAUCAGGCAGGCGCUGCCUGUGCACACCGGUCGCUACACCUGCACGGCGAGGAGCGCCGCAGGCACUGCCCAAAAACACCUCCGGCUCGUGGUGCACGAGCCCCCCGCCUUGAAGCCCCUGCCCGGCAUGGUGAUGGUGAAGGUCAAUGCCAGCACGGUGCUGUCCUGCGAGGCCAGCGGGGUCCCCCGGCCGGAGGUCACCUGGCAGAAGGAUGGUGCCAGCAUCGCUGGAGGGCCUGGGCUCAAGGUGCUCCCCAGCGGGCAGCUGCACCUCCUCCGAGCCUCCCUGGCAGAUGCUGGCAGCUACCUGUGCGUGGCUCGCAACCCCUCGGGCACUGCCAUGGGGAGGACCAGGCUGAUCGUGCAAGUGCCCCCGACCAUCACGGCCGGCCCCAUGGAGCUGGCAGUGCUGGAGGGGCAGGACGUGCUGCUGCCCUGCGCUGCCCGCGGCGUCCCCGAGCCCCGCGUGUCCUGGAGCCGGGAGGGAGCCCCAGUGCGGGACCGUGGUGGGACCAUCACCAUCCUGCCAUCCGGGGAGCUGCUGCUCCGCCACGUCCAGGAAGGCGACGCCGGCAGCUACUCCUGCACCGCGGUGAACUCGGCGGGGAAGGCCGUCCGCCGGCUCUCCCUCGGGGUGCACACCCUGCCCACCUUCACCCGCCGGCCCGGGGACGUGGUCCUGAGCCGGGGCGAGCAGCUGGAGCUGGUGUGCGAGGCCACGGGCAGCCCCGAGCCCCGCAUCUCCUGGACGGCCGACGGGCAGCCCCUCACCGAGGGCGUAUCAGGGCAGCGUGGCCGGAGCAUCUUGCGGCGGGCAGCAGCCACCCACGCCGACAGUGGCACCUACGUGUGCCGUGCCGAGAACAGCGCCGGCACCAUCAGGGCCACCAGCUUCGUCUCCGUCAUGGAGGCACCCGUGGUGAGGGGGGCCCCCAGCACCUACCAAGUCGAGCCCCCCGGGGGCGAUGUCCUCCUCGACUGUGACACCCGGGGUCACCCCGCGCCCUUCAUCCGCUGGAGCAAGGACGGGGUGCCGGUGGGGGCCACCCGGCGGCUGCGCCAGCUGCAGAAUGGAUCACUGGCCAUCCGCAGCCUGGGGGGUGCCGAUGCGGGGCUUUACCGGUGCGUGGCGGAGAAUGAGGCGGGCACGGCAGCCAAGGUGGUCACCCUGGCCCUGCAGAGUGCCCCCGUGGUGGUGGUGACGCCACGGGCGGUGUCGGUGCGCACCGGGCAGCGGGUGCUGCUGCACUGCGCGGUGUCGGGGGAGCCCACCCCAUCCGUGGAGUGGCAGUGGGAUGGGGAAGCGCUGCCAGAGGGGCCCCGAGGCCGCAUCCUGCCCAACGCCACGCUGCUGCUGCCUGCUGCCAGCCCCCGGGACACCGGCACCUACACCUGCAUCGCUCGCAACGCCCUGGGCUCUGCCGCUGCCCGCGCCUCCCUCGUGGUGCAAGGGGAGCCGCGCCGGGUGCGGGGCAGCCUGAUGGGCGUGAUCAACACCCGUGAGUUCGGUGUUGCCACCCUCAAUGCCAGCGUGCUGGACGAGCCGCGCUCCGGCACCACCGCCAUCCGCACCACCAUCAGCGGCGUCCCACGGCACGUCGGGUUGCUGAUGCGGGUGCUGGUCACCCUUAUGGCCCCCGUUUACUGGUCCUUUGCGCACACCAGUGGGGAUGUCCCCGGUGGGAUCCUGCUCGCACGGGGCACCUUCAGGCACGAGUCGCAGGUGGAGUUCGGUACAGGUGACCUCCUGCGCAUCACCCACCUUGCCCGGGGUGCGGAUGCCAGCGGCACCCUGCUGCUGGACAGCGUGCUCAGCGGCUCCGUGCCUGAGAGCAUCGGCAAGGCCACGCUGCUGCUGCAGGACUUCAGCGAGCGCUACGUGCGGACAGGGGCAGGGAGGUUCAGCGGGGACUCGGUGCAGAGCUUCCUGCAGGACGGGCGCCUCGCCCGUGCCCGCUGCAACCACACCAUCGAGUACGAGCCCGCUCCUGGUCUUCAGCCGCUGCGGGUGCAGCACAUCCAGGCCAGGGAGGUCCAAGCCUCCUUUGACCCAGCCUCGGAGGAGCUCAGCUUCCAGCUCAGCACCUCCCUGGAUGCAGGAGACCAGUGCCCACCAGGAUUUGUCCUGGGCCCUCAGCAGCUGCACUGCCUUGACAUCAACGAGUGUGCCGAGGGCUCCCACGCCUGCCGCUACAACCAGAUCUGUGAGAACACCGUGGGGACACAUCGCUGCGUGUGCCCCCGCGGGUACCGCUCCCUGGGCGCUGCAUGGCCCUGCCUGGAUAUUAACGAGUGCCUGCACUUUCCUCCGCCGUGCGCCUUCGAGUGCCGCAACCUGCGGGGCUCCUACGAGUGCCUGUGCCCCCCCGGCAUGGUCCUGCUGCCGGAGGGCGAGUGCGGUGCAGCAGGGACAGGAGGGGGGGCUGCAGGCAGCACCCCCUGGGACUCCCUCCUGCGCUGGCUGGGGCCUGGCAGCCGCCUGCGGAGCCGCUCGCACCCGCGGCUCACCCUCAGCCGAGUGGCGAAGGCUGCGGGGCCGGAUGCACGGGGUCCCUGCCCCUCUGGGUUCGUCAGGAGGAACGGUACCUGCACCGACCUCGACGAGUGCCGGGUGCCAAACCAGUGCCAGCACCAGUGCAGGAACAGCGAGGGCAGCUACCGCUGCGUGUGCCCGCCCGGCUACCGCCUGCUGCCCGACGGGAAGAGCUGCCAGGACGUGGAUGAGUGCGGGGAGGGCACGCUGCGGUGCGCCUCUGGCCAGCUCUGCUUCAACACGCGCGGAGGAGCCCGCUGCGAGGACACCCCCUGCCCCGACGGCUACUGGCGAGGCUCCAGCCCUGGGGUGUGCUUUAGCCACUGCGCCCCGGACUGCGGCGCAGAUGGCCCCGCGGUGCUGCGCCACGUCCUGCUCCCGCUGCCCCUCGGUGUCCCCGCUGGCCGUGACGUCCUGCGCCUGGCCCCGGGCAGUGCCCUCGGUGCCCGCACCCUCUUCUCGCUGCUGGAGCAGGAUGGGGGCAGCCCCUUCGCCCUGCGUGCCGAGCAGGGCCGAGGUGUCAUCGCCACGCUGCGCCCGCUGCACGCGCCCGGCACCCAUCGCCUCCGGGUACAGGCGCUGACCCCAGGAGCACGGCAUGGGCGCAGCAUCUUCCUCAUCAUCAUCUCCAUCUCGCCCUACCCCUACUGAUGCAGCUGGGGGGGGGGCAAAUCCGGUGCCAGCCCUGCAGGGUUGUGCCACCUCCAGUCCCUCGGUAUGGCACGGGUGGGGACACGGCUCAGGGAGAGCUGAGCUCGCACCGUCCUGUUCCCUGCUGGAGAUCCCCUGCUGGUGGAGGAGCCCUCACUGUCCCCUGACCCCCGCCCCGGCAGCCCCCACCUGUAUUGCCUUCCCCUGGGGUCAGUCCCUGACUCAGCAGAGCCCCGGGGGGGACACAAGUCCCAUGGGGGACGAGGUGUCCCGCCAGCCUGCUGCAAACACCAGGUUUUGUUGCAACGCAGGCGGUUUUGGAACAAACACAGCUCGAAGUGGCCUUGGCUGUGAUCAGCCACGAGAUAACGGGACUGGGGGGGGGGGGGCAGGGGGGUGACAGUGACCAGGGAGUGUCCUGCAGGGGGUGCAGGGUGCGGCCACGGGGCUGGGGAUGGAGCAGGGAGGGCGCGGGGCCCCCCAGCAAUAACCACGUAUUGAAAUAGCCCCGUGUUCCAUUUGGUUUUAAUCCAUUAGGUUCCUGUGCACUUAUUUAUUUAUGGGUUCGCUCCAAAUAAAGUUUUUUUUUUAUGAGGAAA